GCACGGGUAACAUACUAGUUUGUUAUUCUAAACACAACAUUGGCACAACUCUAUAGUUCCAUACUUCCAUACUACUAUAGUGAUGCCGUGAUCGAGCAAUGAAGACAGAACACGUGUCCAUCGGGUUCAGACUCAGAGAAGCGGCGGAGCCACCGCCGUGAGAAGUUUCGCCUGUCAUCGUUGUCAGCAGGAAAAUUAUACCUGGGUCAACCAAAAAGCUUCGCUAGAGAGAGAGCAGGAACCGAAAAUACUCAGAACAGUGAGGGCGGCGAAAUGUCUUUCAUUUUAUCAUCGUUUCCUCUUCAUUUUUAUUAAUACAUAUAUACUCCGUAUUUUGCAUUUGACAUUUCCAUCUUCUCACCAAACGCGAACAACAAGCAUCCCGUAUGCAGACUACAGAACAAUAACGAUUGAGAGGUAAGAAGAUUCAAAAGGGGACGAAUUUGUGAAAAACGAGAGCGGAACCCUAAUUUCCGCAAGUUCGCUGUGUUCUCUUAAUCUUAAUUGAUUUGCUGAUUUUUUGUUCAAUUUCAGAUCCGGAGAAGGAGAACCGGGGAUAUUUGGAAAUAGCUUAAUAUAUAGGAACAAUGCCUUCACACUCGGACCUGGAUCGGCAGAUCGAGCACUUGAUGGAUUGUAAGCCGUUGGCAGAGCUGGAGGUGAAGACUCUUUGUGACCAGGCAAAGGCGAUUCUGGUGGAGGAAUGGAAUGUGCAGCCCGUAAAAUGCCCAGUUACUGUGUGCGGAGACAUUCAUGGCCAGUUCUAUGAUCUCAUUGAGCUGUUUCGGAUAGGCGGCAAAGCUCCUGACACCAACUACCUCUUCAUGGGUGAUUAUGUUGACCGCGGGUACUAUUCAGUGGAGACUGUUACGCUUUUAGUUGCUUUGAAGGUCCGCUACAGAGAUAGAAUCACAAUUCUUAGGGGAAAUCACGAGAGCAGGCAAAUAACCCAAGUGUAUGGUUUCUAUGAUGAAUGUUUGAGGAAGUAUGGAAAUGCCAAUGUCUGGAAGUAUUUUACUGAUCUCUUUGAUUAUCUACCUCUGACAGCACUUAUUGAAAGUCAGGUGUUUUGUUUGCAUGGAGGACUUUCGCCGUCUUUGGAUACACUUGAUAAUAUUCGAGCUCUAGAACGCAUACAGGAGGUUCCGCACGAAGGGCCAAUGUGCGAUCUUUUGUGGUCUGAUCCGGAUGACCGAUGUGGUUGGGGAAUUUCUCCACGAGGGGCUGGGUACACCUUUGGACAGGAUAUAGCUGCUCAGUUCAACCACACCAAUGGACUCACUCUCAUCUCACGAGCUCACCAGCUCGUUAUGGAAGGAUUUAACUGGUGUCAGGACAAGAAUGUGGUAACUGUAUUUAGUGCUCCAAACUACUGUUACCGGUGUGGGAACAUGGCAGCAAUAUUGGAGAUAGGGGAAAACAUGGAUCAGAACUUCCUUCAAUUCGAUCCUGCUCCUCGACAGAUCGAGCCGGACACCACCAGGAAGACUCCUGAUUAUUUUUUGUGAUCUAUUUAAAAUAUUGCCUUCUCAUUGUUUACAGCCCUAUAGAAGCUGCUGCUGCUACACCGAAGAUCUUUGUUCUUUUCUUUGGGUUCUUUCUGUUAAUACAUGCUACAACUGUAUAAUCAAUGAAUUCUCUUUUUUCUCCUUUUAGCGUAAAACUCUGAGCCUUAUUUGCUUAAAGUUUUCUUGAAGGGAUCAAGUGUAAUGUAUAAACUAGUUUUGUGUAUGUGCUUUAUAUGGACAAGCCUAACACAAAAUACUUGAUAAUAAUAGCUGUAGGCGGAAUUAGCUUUAAGACUUUCUAAUUUUAUUAUUUUUACAAUUUCCUACUUUUUUUUACCAUUUCAUGAAAAUGAAUUUCGAGUAACAAAGUUAAAUUUCCAUUA